AUGGAUGUUGGAUGUUACCUCCAACGGAUUGGGUUCCAAUGUCCCUCUGCUGGCCCUUCUUUGGAGACCCUCAAGUGCAUCCAUCGUUCCCACCUCUUCUCCAUACCCUUUGAGAGCCUCAGCAUCCACUGCAAAGAGCCCAUCCACCUGGAAUUGCCUCGUUUAUAUGAGAAGAUUGUCCAAAACCAGCGGGGUGGAUUUUGUUAUGAACUGAAUGGCCUUUUUCAGUGGUUGUUGCGAGCAUUAGGAUUUCACACCAAAAUCUUAGCCACACAUGUCUGCAACCACUUCAUGCAGUGUUAUGGUCCUCCGUUGGACCACUUGGUCAUUUUGGUAGACUUGGAUGGACAGCAGUUCCUGUGUGAUGUUGGGUUCGGAGAAGGUUUCCUGGAACUGUUAGAUCUGAAGUCAGAGCUCCAGAUCCAAUACGAUUUCCAUUGCCCCCAGAAGGUUGCGCUGUGUACAUCCUCAAAUAAACAUACAGAAGACCAAACAGAAAUCCAAAUUCAGAACCAGCAAUGGAGAAGCACCAGCUUCCAGAAGCUUCCAAACGUCAGCCCGGCUGCAUCGGUAGAGUUGGGCUCCUUGCAGAACCUAGGAGGCCCCGACCUGCAAAAGGCCCUUCAGAAAUAUGGUUUGGACCUAGAUGAGUUCUCCGGGCAAAACGCGGCCCCUGCGACGGAGAGCGCCUUAACACCCGAGCCAGAGGUUAAACUCUCUCGCGGUGCCCUCAUUCCUAUCUCCAGCCAACUACAGCCACCUCCCCGUAAUGCCUCGGACUCCAAAGCCAAUUCUCACCUUCCCUUGGACACGAAUCUCCGGGGGGCCUCAAAGCCCCCCACGCAAGAGGAAGGGAGCGUAGCCGCCCCAUUGCAUCUCUCCGAGAGCUCCACGUCCGUUGAAGCUGCCAUUCAAAUCACCUCGAUCACUUUUGCCUCGCGGAGAAGGUCGCCUUCUCCUUCCCGCAUCCUCCGGAGUGUCCUCACCGACGUUUCCCCCGCUCCCGAUCUCGUAUCUCCGGAAACCCGGCCCGCGAACCCCCAGGAACGGCAGAAGGUGAACAGCUCGCCGCUGCAAAGUUACAAAGCUUGCCCUCCCGCCGGCUUCACGUCAGAGAAGAACGUGGCAUCUCCUUCCGCCAAAGUCUGUCCUCCUCCCCUUGGGUCUCUCAAGGCGGCCAGAGACGACCCUCGCCGAGAAGAUUGGGGCCCCUCUCCGGAGGAAUCCCCAAGAAGAGGCCUCGAACCGAAGGGCCUCGUUCAACAGACCGACGAGGACGAGCACCCUUCUGAUCCAAGUCGGGCCGAGCAGAGGCGCUACGCGAAAACGCUGGACGAUACUUACGCUGACAGAUCGAACCUGGAAAGGCCAUUGCCUCCGCCAAAGACGGGCGAUGUGCGUCCCCAGAAUUUCUCGGCCGGCGAUGCAAGAUGUGCUGCUCCGAAGAUCCCUUUUCCCGCACGCAAAGAAAAGACGCCGAUACGAGAAGAUUUGUCCACGUCUGAUUCGUAUUUACACAAGCCCAGGCGUCGAGGCGAUGGCAGUACUCCUCUGUUACACUUCGCUUCCCUCGAUUGUAUUUCCACAGCUGUGCCGCCGGUGUCGCCUCCAUCGCCCACAAGGAAAGCCUUGUCUGGUGUCCACCUUACUCUCUCCCCCAAGCGUGUGGAAUUGGACCUUUUUGGACCCGCGGAAGCUGGUCCAGAAGGGAGGCAGGUGGAGGUUCUUAAGCCAAACGCUUCGGAUGUCCCCGGUCCGUCCUCCAAGCCCACAGUAUCGAAGCGAAAGGCUCAAGGAUCCUCCUACUUCUCCCGAGAGGCAUCAUCUCAAGAGGUUCCAGAGGGGGGUGAACCAGCCCUACACCAGCACGUUCAAGAGUCCCGGACAAUCCGCGGUGGUGUAGCAGACGCCGGGACACGGAGCUCAAGGGCAAGUGAGAGCCUGAAGGCGACGGCUUCUUCCCAAACCGAGUGGAUGUCUUCGGAUGCCAUCACUCAAAUCACCACGGAAAGCCCGCAGAAGACCACCUAUUCUGCCGAAAUCUUUGUCUCUGCUGAGAACGGGGAGGCUCCCGAUCGCCCCAAGAGUCCCCAAAACCCCGACGACACGAUGCUCGGUCUCCCCAAGAUCUCUGCUUUGGAUGGACAAGCUGGAG